UAGGUCGGAUGUAUUUUGAUGCUGCACACGUGAGAACAGCGAUGGCAACAUGUGGAGCAGAGAGUGAAGUUCUGGAUGAAAAAGAUGAUCCCGGUGCAGCACCUUACGGCAAUUUUAUAAACUAUUACACAUUCAACCCACCAGAGAACCGUCUAAGCCUCAUUCCGACCACACUUAUUCAGGAUUUGGGAUAUGGCAAAGACAGCAGUGAAACCAUAUUGAUGCUGGAUGUUGGCUGCAAUUCAGGGGACCUGACAGUGGCAUUGUACAGACACCUCCAACCGAGAGUGUUGUCUGAAGACUCUACAACACCACCCGACACUGGUCUCCAACUCCUCGGCUUCGACCUAGACGAAACCCUGAUCCUCCGGGCCCAACAGACCAACCCUUUCCCCCAGAGCAUCUCUUUCAUUCCCUUAGACAUCACUGAGGAUGCUGCUAGCCAGACCCAGCUACAGGACUACCUGAGACAACACGGCGGCUUCCGCUUCCACCUCUCCCUGUGCCUGGCUGUUACCAUGUGGGUCCACCUGAACCACGGAGACGCUGCCCUGCUGGGGCUCCUCUCCCGGCUGGCCUCCGUCAGCCAACAUCUCCUCCUGGAGGCCCAGCCCUGGAAGUGCUACCGCUCGGCUGCCCGGAGGCUGAGGAAGCUAGGGCGGUCUGACUUUGACCACUUCAAGGAGUUAAAGAUCAGAGGAGAUGUGGCAGAACAAGCCAGGGAACACUUAGAGAAACACUGUGGGAUGGCACUGAUGCAGUGUUUCGGUAGUACCAGCUGGGAUCGCAGACUGCUCCUCUUUAGGAGAAGAGAGACGGUAGACCAACAUUUAUCCCAGUAGAUAAAAUGACUGGACUUGUAGUAUAUGUUAUGAUAAUUGUCUUAAAGGAGUAAUCUGAAAACAUUUGAAAAUGUCUUCUUUGACAAUGAAGUGGCAAGGUCCUAAGGAAAUACGUAUGUGCAGUGAAGGAACUCCAGAUUUGGAGUCUUUAAGUGCAGUGAAGGACUCCAGAUUCGGAGUCUUUAAGUGCAGUGUAGGAACUCCAGAUUCGGAGUCUUUAAGUGCAGUGAAGGACUCCAGAUUCUGAGUCUUUAAGUGCAGUGAAGGACCAGUAUGUUGAUUGAACACUAGGAGGCAAUAAUACUCUGUUACUACUUGUAAUACCACCAUACCUAGUGUUUGCUUUCAGCUAUGCAUUUAACUGAUCUUACCCAAUUUUUUUCUUAAUAGUGUAUAUGUUUUGGCAAACAAUUAUGAAUGAACCAUUGUGUGUGUAUGUAUGAGAAAUUAAUUUAAUAUUUUAUUUUUGGGAAUGUUUAAAAAUAAGAAUGAAUAAAGCCCAUGAAUUUACUA